AUGCUCGACGAGGUCGAUGAACAGAAGGAUAGAAUGUCUCUCGCCGCCAUCUAUCAAGUGCUCCAAAAUUACGUCCUUCUCACGGUGGCCGAGAAUGAUUCUGCGAACAUAAAGGGCAUUGAGGAGUUCAAAAUGCAGAUGAUGAAGGAGUUCAAGAUAAGUGAUAUCGGGUUACUCUCGUACUACAUUGGUAUCGGUGGAUUAGAAGAAAGAAAUCAUCGAGGUGAAGUAGGCGGCUUAUGCAAUGAAGAUGUUGAAAUAAUUCACAAUGGAGGAUUACAACCCGAUCAAGAGAAUGUCGUUCUUAAAACUAGGACGACAAGUAUGUUCAAAACAUUCAAAGUUGACCAUGGUAAUAUCCUCAAAGGAUGGAAAGCUAUAGCAAAGUGCAUUAUCAAGAAGUGUAUCUUUACCGCCAAGAAGGGACCCAAGCCUCGACCUCGACCUGAACCUCGACCUCAACUCCAACCUCGAACUCGACCUCCAGCUCCACCUUCUCGACCUCGAUUACCACCUCCAUCUCCGCCUUCGCCUCCUCCUCCUCAAAUGGAAUUAUAUCAACCUCCAUCUCCAACAACGCCUCGUCGAAUGGAAUUAUAUCGACCUCCAUUUCCAACUACGCCUCCUCAAAUGGAAUUAUAUGGACCUCCAUUUCCAACUACGCCUCCUCAAAUGGAAUUAUAUCGACCUCCAUUUCCAACUACGCCUCCUCAAAUGGAAUUAUAUCAACCUCCGCCUCCUCAAAUGGUAUUAUCUAAAACAUCGUAA